AUGUCAGAGUCUUUUCUAUCUGAAACACUGCCAUUAAUCGACGUCGACGUCUUUCUGUCAAAUCCACUUGAAUCAGAAGUUGUUCUCGAGGAAUGUAGAAAGGCGAGGCGUUUAAAUUUCACGUUUGAUCCAGCUGCCGAUGCGCUGAUAACUUACGGCGCGCUGCUUUUGCACGACUCACGAGCAUUAGAAGACGACAACGCAGCUUUCUUGGACCUCCUGGAGGACUAUUUUGACCAGCCUGACGCUGAGUUAAAGAAGGAUGAACGUCCUGAUAUCAUGUAUCAAGUUGGUGUCACUCUGGAGAAUACGGAAAAGCCCAAAUGUGCAGCAGAUGAGCCCUGUUUACAAAUCAUAGCUCGUCUGGAUCCUGCAGAGAGACCCUUAGACAUUUCUGGUCACCACCCGGACCCAAAGUGUCGUUUCUUUUGGAAGAUGGGGGCACCUCCGCCUUACGAAACGCAGUAUCCUGCCUUGAAUGCCCCUAACGUAGUUCCACAGGCUCCUCAUAUUAACGAUAAGUGGGAGGAAACGCUGGAGAAAUGGGGGACUGUUCUGAAGAAUGCCGUAGAGAAUAUCGCGGAAAUGUCAGCGAUCGGGCUUGGUUUGCCUCUUGAGACGUUUAAGGAUGCAGGAAAAUAUGGCCCUCAUCUUCUGGGCCCUACUGCCUCUGAUCUCAGGAAAUAUGGCAAGAAAAACACGAUAUUAGCUGGUUUCCAUACGGACCUCAAUUGUUUCACUAUCCACGGCCGGUCUCGUUAUCCCGGUUUACACAUCUGGGCUCGUAAUACUGGUAAACGCAUAUCUGUCAGAUUUCCUCCGACUGGUCGAUAUCUACUCGUGCAAGCUGGUAAACAGCUGGAGCAUCUAACAGGAGGGCUCAUUAAGGCCGGGUUUCAUGAGGUUGUGGUCAACGAAGCGACUGUUCAGACCAUCGGGAAACGUAAGAUAACCAAUCCUGGCCGUCCAUGUAUCCGCAUAUCUUCAACGUUUUUCUGGCAUCUAUCGUCGGAUUAUGAUCUGGCUCCCAUUCAAGCAUUGGCUGCACGAGCUCGACCUCUGCUCUCUGAUAGCACCGUUUCAGGGGCGGUGGAGUCUUACGAACCGAUGAAAGUUGGUCAGCAAGUACAGAAGUAUGCUCAUGGUCACUCGAAUUCUGACAGUACGCUGAUGUAAUUCAACCCAGUGAACUAAAGCAUAUCGCGCUGAUGGCAUGAUCAAUUUGGGACAUAUCCUGCGAUGAGAAAGUAGAAUAUGGGGAUCUUCCUAUAACUCCAAUGCUCAUACUUCGAAUAACAAGACUCGACGAGAGAGCGAUGAGCAUUGGUAUGCAUCGGAAAUAGGAUACGUUACUACUAGUUUAUCUGGGAUGGCAAAGUCUGUGUUUCCCGGUCCUUUCGAAUUGGAAAACCAGCAUUCCCAUGCAUAUAUGGAUUCCAGUGACCUACACAAAUUGUCAACCAGUCCAAAAUUUCCGACGUGCUCGCCUUG